AUGUUAAUUCUAUUGUCGCUUCAAUUUGCUUUUGCUACUUCAUCGGCAUUCAUUCUGGAUUCAGUCACAAAUACAAGAAAAACAAUUUCAUAUAGAGAUCGAAAAAUUUGCAAUAGAGGCGCAUUUGAAUAUUUGAAGUAUAGGCUAAAGAAACGGUAUGUACUAAAUGAGCAUAAAUGGUCUACCGGUACACUAUCUUGGUCAUUUCGGGAUCCAUUCCAUCUUUUCAAAAACGACAGGAAAUUUGUCAUUGUAAAGAAUGUUCUGCAACAAGCUUUCGAGAAAUGGUCAAAUUCAUCAAGAGGAGCUCUUUUAUUUAAAGAUCUCUCUCCAUCGGAUCGUACUACAGGGACUACUGAUGCAAAUUUUGAUGUUCUAUUUGCUAAAUAUGCUCACGGUGAUAAAGAAUCCUUUGAUGGAUUUGGUGGAAUUGUAGCUCAUUCAGGAUAUCCCAUAGAGGGUAUCAUUCAUUUCGAUGGUUCUGAAUACUGGUCGAUUGAUGGACGUAAUGGACUUGAUCUUCGAUAUGUUGCCCUUCAUGAAAUUGGACAUGCUCUUGGACUUAGACAUUCCAAUGAUCCAAAAGCUAUCAUGCAUCCAUAUUACAGUGAUCAAUUAAAAGAAGAUUUUGAGCUUGCCGAAGACGAUAUUAUGGGUAUCAGAAAACUUUAUGGAAUUUCUUAA